AUAAUCGAAGUUCUUAAAAGGCUCCCUAGUGUAUGCUUUUAGCGCCUAGCAUUAAGAAUGGUUGUAGAAGCAAAUCUUACUUUUCUAUUAUAAGUCAUAACGCAACUGAUAAUGAAUACUUAAAUUUAAACAAAAUAGUGUAUGUGUUUCUGGACAAGUGAGGAGACAAGACUUGAACCUGUGAUACUGAGCCGUACUGAAGUGGAUGGAAUCUUAGAGGACGAUUCUCAUAAGUCAGGAACUUAUAUUUUGUAUGAGGAUCUUGAGAAGGAAAAAAUGUAUUUAGCUUUUAAAACUUCGGACAAGAAGAUUGCCCACUACCCAAUCGUAAAGAUGAAUGACCUGUAUUACUUCAACGAUUUCCCUUUCCCGUACUUGGAAUCCAUUGUUUUGUAUUACAAGAAGUACAAAUUCAAGGAUACCAAGCUCACAAACCAGGCAUUUUUGGAACCUUAUCUACGCACGCAGCAGACAAAACGCAAGUCAUCGAGGUCGCUGACAUCAACAGACAACGAUAUAAAUAAGGAAUCCGCCGAGAAUGAAAAAGUGUGGACUUAUGGUCAUUAUAAAUCUCUUUCAACGAGACUUUGAAAAUAGUGCUUUGCCAUGCAGAAUAGCGAGCGCUGUAUAAAUGCUACGAGAAGGAAUUUCGUCAGAUCCAUGAGAUUAAGGACAAUAAUUCGGGCAGUGAUUUAAAAGUUUGGAUUUGCAACCACUGGAACAACAAAGAAGGAUCUGCUUCCAUUAAACAAGUUCACAAUGUAAAUAUUAAUCUUUCAAACAUAAUCAGUAUCUCAUCGCAAUAAGAUAGGGAAUGCAGAAUGCAUAUUUGCAUUAGAUUUGUUAGCAAUUUCAGCGACUGCUUUUUGAUAACUUUUGGAAAUGUAAUAAAAAACUAAACAAUUGGUGAGAUAAAUUUGAUUCGACAAAACACGUUUCCUGGGGCUGCUCCAAGUUGAGUGCAAUGAUCUAUUUUCAUUAAUAAAAAUGCUAAUUCGAAUAAGCGACUGAAAAUAACUAAAAUAGCAUUUAAUUUCAGACUUACUGAAUUUAUACAGUUGUUUAUUCCAAAACACUUUAAGAAAUGUUUCAUAUUACAAAAUAGUAUUUUCAGUUUAUUUGAAUCAGUUUUCUGUAUAAAAGUACAGGAAUGUUUGUGAUCAUACUUUGCAAGAAUGUAGAAAUCUUGUUGGAGAAUAUGCUGCAAUAAUUAAAGAAUGUAAUGCAAUGGCAUGAGCUAAAAA